CAACCAACGACCACCUUCAUCAUAUCGUUCCUUAGUUCUUACAACGUAGCUGCAAGUUUGUUCUUUUUCAUUUCGUUAAUCACAACUUUCUCUCCCCUCCGGCCACCAUGCCUGAGAAGCACCACCACCACCACCACCACAACCGCCACUUACACCACCACAAAGAUGAAAAGCCCACAAAAGAAAUGACAAAGAAAGACUAUGAGAAACAAGUGAAACACCACAAGCACUUAGAACAAGUCGGCAUGGUAGGUGCUAUAGCUGCCGGGUCUGUUGCUCUGCAUGAGAAACAUAUGGUGAAGAAAGACCCAGAGCAUGCUCGCAGCCACAGAAUUAAAGAGGAGAUUGCAGCAACAGCUGCAGUGGCUAGUGCUGGAUUUGCCAUCCAUGAGCACCAUCAGUUGAAAGAAGCUAAAAAAUAAAAAGACUCGGCUCACGGGAAGAAACACCACCAUCACCACCACCUGCUGUGAAACUCAUUAUUUCUCUAGUUCUUCUCUCCACAGUCCACCCCUAAAUUUUUAAUUUUUUUUUUCUCUGUAAGAUUUGAAGUUGGGUGAGAUGUAUAUAUGCUAGUAGUUAAAUCAAAUUGAGGCUUGGCUCACCCUUCAAUUUGAUUGAUGGUUCUCUUUGCGUGUCUUAGCUUCUGUUUUAUUUAUUUAUUUAUGUAUAUAUGUAUUUUUUAUUUGUGUAUAAUGUGAAAUAUUUGUUUCAAACUUUUUUAUCA